ACUAUAUCUCCUGUCUUCUCCCUAAACCAUUCAUAUUUUUCCAGAAGCUGACAACACCAGUCAGGUUGUUGCAGCUUAGAAGAAUACUUCAUCGUCAUGAUCCAAGGACAAUUUUUUGUCCUUGUUCUUUCAUUGCUUUGUUACAGGGCACAGUCAGCUGUUGACGGCUCUUGGAGUCCAUGGUCAGAAUGGAGCGGCUGGGGAAAGGGUCUUUGCGAUGGCAAUCAGCGUAUUCGGACCAAGACUUGUACUAGUCCAGCACCAAGCUCGGAUGGUAAUUAUUGCCAAGGUGACAAUGCCGAAAGUGAACCUGGCUCAAUCGAUGGAGGCUGGGGUGAUUGGAGUCAAUGGAGCACAUGCGAGAGACCCUGCGGUGGCUCUGUCGUGAACAGAACACGAAAAUGCAACAAUCCUUCGCCGUUCAACGGAGGCGCUCUUUGCACCGGGGUGAAUGAAGAAUCUAAGCUUGAAUGUUUAGCGAAAUGUCCAGAUGGAAGAGUCGACGGAGGUUUUGGAGAAUGGUCUCAGUGGUCGAUUUGUCUACAAAGGUGCUCGCAAAACGGAGGCCAGGUUAUAACCAGAACGAGACAAUGCAAUUCACCACCACCAAUGAAUGGAGGCGACGACUGCCUGGGCACUAGGGAGGAAAAAGUGAUGUCCUGUUUCAACAAGUGUCCAAGGGACGGUGGCUUUAAUGAAUGGUCUACUUGGUCUGAAUGUUCUAGACCAUGUGGAACCGGAAAGAAAACACGUUAUCGAUACUGCAACAAUCCUGAACCAAAGGGUGAUGGGGCAAAGAAUUGCACUGGUGCAUUUACAGUGGAACAGUCAUGCAAACUAAGAGAUUGCAUAAAUGCUGUCAAUGGCAGUUGGACCCCGUGGUCUUCAUGGGGCCAAUGUAGCUCACAGUACUGUAUGAAAGGAGAACAAUCUCGAUCACGUGCUUGUACCAACCCUGCCCCUCAGAACGGCGGAGAGGAGUGCCCUGGAUCUGCUACAGACAGUCAGCCAUGCCCAUCAAGCAACUGCAUCCAGUUCGUGCCAACACUGUCACCAGUUUCUCCAGUCUUUCCACACUCGUACAUGGGACAUGAGUGUGGUGUUGAUAAAAAAUAUCGCCUUGUGUCACCGUCAAAUGAAAGGGUUCCCGAUGAAGUCUAUCAAAAAUUGGCAUUUAAAAUGCAGAAUUUUAAGAAUGGUUAUUUCAACUUCAAAUUGGAGAAUAAGGGUCAGGAAAUCAGGUAUUGUUUCGACCCAGAACCAGCUAUCACAAUCAAAGAGAUUGCAGACAACCUCAUCCCUUCAUACAGAAGGGCUGUGCCUUUUCCAGGCUAUGAGAAACCUGCUGAUGAAAAUAGGCCCGUAACUGGAUUUUCUGUUAGAGUCAAGAAUACAGCACCAUAUGAUACACUCGAGUAUGAUUUUGGACUUGACACAAGGAUCUAUUUCAAUGCCGGCCAAAAUAUGGAAUUUCGUAACGUCUCCAUGACUUACAACACGGAAGGAGCUACAAGCAGCUUUAUGGCCAAAGGGGAAUAUUACAGAUUUUCACCAACAAUUUUUAAGUCGAAGAUAUUUCGUCGUGAAAAGCUUGUUCACAUGACUGGAGAAACUGCAAAAAUGAAGAUUCAACAUGUCUUCCAUUUUCUUGGAAUUACAAAUGUACCAAGUCUCAUAGAGAAUGCUUUGAGAGCCAUCAAAGUAUGGGAUUUUGAAUUCGGUCCUUGCUCUAUUGGCUAUGAUUUUCUGCCUGGAUGGCUGGAUACAUUAACGCCAUUCCGAUUCACGGCUACGAAAUACAUCGAGGGCAUUCCAGUUCACCUUGAGAUAAUCGCAAGUUUGAAGGGCACCCGAUGGAUCUUUGCUAUUGGCUUUGCCUUUGAUGGCGAGUCAUUUGGUGCUGCCAUUGGCAAAAUCAAUGGCAAGAGGCUUCCAGAUGGUGGAUUUUUCGACAAUAUUGGGGUCGAUAUUUCGGUUGGUAUUAUGCUCAAUCCUAUGGACCCUUUCAUGGUAUCAAAGCAUGCAACGGCUUUUACAAAGGAUCCUCUCAACUACAUGACCAAUGCCAUUCCAAAAGGUCUUCUUGUCGUUGGUCAGGUUAAAUUACCAAAGGAUUGUGGUGGCAGCUCGUUUUGUAGAGUGACAAAAAAAAUCCUUGGCCCAGACGCCUUGUUUCGGAUUUCAGCUGCUAUGCCAGCAAUUGGACAAGUAACAAUCUCUGCAGGAUUCAGGAACAUACGCCUGACAGACACAGUCUCGUUUUCAAGACUUGAUUUAAUACUCAAGUUUAACAAAAGCUUAGCUGAGUUCGGAUUUGUUGCUGAAGUGAAAUUUCCUGUUAAAUCUGGCGAUGUUUAUGCCGAUGGAUUUAAAGUUGAAAAUUUCUUGCAUGUUGGUGGUAUGAUCACUCACGAACUAGGAACAUCUGAUGUAGUGGGCAAGUUGUAUAUGAAGGGUGUCUGGAGGAAAGCGUUUGGAGUCAAAUGGUUGGCUUUCGGAAAUAUCCAUCUUGGAUUAACCAUAUCUGCAGAAAGCCCAAUUUUGUUGUCAGGAGCUCAAUUUGGAGCAUUGCUAGAGUUUGGAGAGAACUGUAUUUACGAAGAUGAUUUCAAUAAUGACGGUCACUGUAUACGUAUGCAAGUGUAUUUCGGUGUGGGAAAACCAAACACGUAUUUUUACGGGGAGGUUUCAGCAUUGACUGUUGGAAAAGUUGUUAGAAUGUUUGGUGGCGAUACUAGCGGAAUUCCAAGCGUAGUUGCAGAAACAGGAUUUCCUACGGGGGCUAUGUUUUCAUUCAAUGGAGGAAAAUCUGCAGUAGACCUUCGAUUUCUUAAUGGUCCUUACAUCUACAUUGGCUGGAGGGUAAAAGGAACAUUAAAUCUGUUUGGCUGGAAUGUUCGUGUUGAUAUCAGAAUAGGAGAUAUGGAAGUCUAUAUUGAUGGGGAGUGCGAUCCAAUCAUGCUUGGAGGCAUAGUUGAAAUAACCAGGAACAAUACACACAAAAACCUUGGUCCGAAACUCUUUUUCCAAUACAGACCGAGCAAAGCAUCUAUAAUCAGACUUCCAUUUUUCAAAAUGUUCUUUGAAGGGUAUGGGAAGUUCUUUGGCAUUGAAUCCUAUACUUUCAUCAAUAUAACUAUGGAUGCUGCAGAAAUCUACAUCUGGGGAAAAGCCUGGGAUCUAAUUUAUGCAGAAUUAUAUAUUUCUGCCAGUUACGCUGUCACAGACUUGAAAAAUGCCCAUUUUUAUGUACGAAUUUUGAUUGAUCUGAGUAAACUUACAGAUGCCAUCGAAAAAGCCCGGAAAGCUGUAGAUCAAGCCUUUAAGUCUGCACAAGCGACCCUUAUUGAAAAGAUUGAUGAUGUAAAACGUGCCAAACAACGAUGCAAAGAGACACUUAAGCUAAGAUGCAAUAACUGCAUGGCACUGAAAUGCAAAGAGGCUGAAGAAAACUGCAAAGGUUUCUUUGACUCAGCAAAAAAAUGGAUCGGUGGGGCCAUAGACAGCGUUGGGUCAUUUGUCAAAAAAAGUUUCAACCGAGUCAAAGAUGGUCUUUCAAAGGCUGGAAAGGUCAUCAAAAAGGCACUUUGGGGUUGGAGGCGAAGGAGAUCUUUGAUAUCGCAAAGAAAUGGAGAAUUUGACCUUCAUAUUAGAAGCAAAAGAUUUGUGAGCAAAUUUAUUUGCGAAGGCAUUGUUGGUGGUGGAUGCAAAGGUGUAGAAUACAUGUGUUACGGAACAUGCAAGUUUGUUGAUUAUAUCGGGCAGGGGUUGUGCAACUUCUUAGAUGUUGCUGUAGCCGCACUGAGGGUCGCAGAGAAAGUUGUUGGGUGGGUGAAUGCAGCCAUCCAGUUCCUUAUGCAGAUGUUCCUUAUCCAUGGAAUUCGCUUUGAUUUGGGUCUUGGGCAUAAGUUUGGCGGCGGAUUCAUGGUGGCAGCAGAGAUCGAUUUGACUAUAUUUGGAAACCGGAUGCAUUUUGGCGCCCAGUUUAGUUUGAACGAUCCGGUUGGAAGCAUUAUAUCUGCAAAGGACUCUGCUCUAUACAACUACAAAGAAGGUGUCAAACAAGCAAGAACAUCAGUGGUUUCUUAUGAUCCCUAUGAUCCUCCAAAUCCGUUUUCAGACUUCGACUUGUCAGGACACUUUGGAAUCGAAGCAACAAUCACGGGAAUGGAGCUUCGAUUAGGUGCAUGUGUGGCUGUGACUGAUUCGAACGCAAACUCAAAAUUGGUCUUGAAGGGAUGUAACAGCACUGACCCUAAGCAACAAUGGGCCUACACCCUCAAAGGCUCUUUGAUUAAUCGUCAUUCGAAGAAAUGCAUCGACCUGAGCAACAGCCUUGGCGCCCAUGUUGUGCAGAAGGACUGUAGUGACAAAACAAACAACCAAAAAUACGAAUGCGAUGUUGUUACACGAUCCUUGAAGAGAAGACGAAGUGACAUGUGUGUUACAGUUGCCGCGAAGACAUCUCCAAAAGGACCUGGUUCAUUGUCUCACCUUGGUUCUCUUAAAUGCAUUAAUGUCAACUCAAGGAAUAGGCUUAUGCUAAGCUCAGAAUGUCAAACGGAUAGCACCGAGUGGAAAAUUGAUGACAACAAUGCUUUGAGAAGUAUGCAAUUCAGUUCACACUGCGUUCGACCGGUCGGUGGAAAUGCAGUUGCGAAUGCACAACUGGAAAUCGCUACCACAGGAUGCCACGAAUUCGGGUUCACUGCAAAGGGAUCCUUACAGCACAGAAAAACUGGACUUUGUGUUCAAACAGCCAAUAAGGAAAUGAUACCAAGCGACGGCACUGUUUUGAUACUUGGAUCAACCUGCAACUACAUCAGUGCUUCAUCAACAUCACUAAGGUUGCCUGACCCACAGCUGCUCUUUUCAUUCAUUCCAAAGGAAAAAUACUUGAAAAUGGAGUAUUGUGGUGAUUUCAGUGACAUGAGAUUGGAUCAAAGAUUUGAAGUUAGCAAUGAUGAGAUUGCUAGUAUUUGCUCGAAAUUCUCCCAAGACCUUGCUUUGCAUAAGACUGCAGUGCAAUCAAGUACAGCCCAUGAUGGGUUUGCCAGUCGUGCUGUUGAUGGGAACUACAAGUUCCACUGGUCUGAUAAAUCAUGUACACACACAAACGAUGAGGUAGAUCCAUGGUGGCGAGUUGAUCUUGGAAAAGAAUAUAUCAUUACAGAUGUGACUAUCAUAAACAGAGGGGAACGCGGCGAACGCUUCAAGAACAUACACGUUCACAUUGGAAAGUACGAGUCAAACCAUAAAAUGAACCCGGUUUGCCACGAUCGUAUUCACAGUGCUGGUGACGGUGAAGCAGUAAGAGUUCAAUGCAACCCUCCAAUUCCUGGCAGAUUCGUUGCCGUGCAAAUGUACGGAAAAGGCAUUCUGACAGUGUGUGAAGUGAUUGUUAAUUCAAGAAUGGGUGGCCUAGCUGACUUCUGUCUCCUUGAAAAUGGCGGCUGCGACCAACUAUGCUUCAACAAGUGUGACAAGAGGACAUCUUGUGGCUGCCUACCUGGUUUUGUACUGGCUUACGAUGGAAAAACCUGCUUAGAUAUUGACGAAUGCCAAGUAAAUAAUGGUGGUUGCAGAAAAGACAAGAAUGCUUACUGCUCCAACUAUCCGGGUGGAUAUUACUGUGCUUGCCAAGCAGGUUUUAUUCGAAAAGAAAAUAGCUUAACUGAAUGUGUUGAUAUUGACGAAUGCGGGCAAAGAAACGGUGGCUGCGAGCAAAUGUGUUCAAAUACCAAUGGUGGAUACCUGUGUGAAUGUCGAGCUGGGUUCCAGCGAAAGAACAAUGACCCAUACGGGUGUGAAGAUAUCGACGAGUGUGCGACAAACAACGGUGGAUGCGAUCAUAACUGCCAUAACUUUGACGGAGGAAGAUACUGCUCUUGCAACACCGGUUUCCGUCUUGCCAUGGAUGGAACCACGUGUGAAGAAAUAUACUGUAGAGCUUUGGAGAAGCCAGCACGUGCAUCUGUCAGUCCUGCUAUUUGCACAACACGCUUUUCCAAUAUUCAACGAGGGACUAGCUGCAAGUUUAACUGUACCAAAGGUUUUGAAAUGAGUCCGGGCAUCACAAUAAAAAACGUCAAGUGUGAAGCUAGUGGAUUCUGGGAUAGGUCCACACCGUCUUGCCACCCUGUGCUCUGCUCUGCCCUUGCAAGACCCAAAGAUGGUGGUGUUGUUCCAGCAGCAUGUGCAACAGGAAGCAGGGAGUACGGUCAGCGGUGCGUUGUUUAUUGCAAACAUGGAUACAGGCUAAGUGGACCAGCCACAAAGUAUUGUCAAGCAGAUAAAAGCUGGUCAACAAAUUCUCCAAAUGAAUGUGUUAAAAUCGUCCAGACACCGUAUCUGAACUGCCCUGUUGACAUUCAAGUCACAUUAAGCGGAGAUGCCACAAGUGUUAAUCUUGGAGCCAAGUUCCCACAGCCUGAUUCGAAUAUACGUAUAUCCUCAGCCUCACAUUCACGAGACUUUGCUUUUCCUGUUGGUCUCACCGUGGUCAAGUUUGAAGCUGUCAGUGAUGAAGGCGUGAAGAAGACAUGUCAAGUCUUUGUCUCUGUCCAAGACAAAACACCUCCGAGGAUUAUUAACUGUCCAGCAGAUAUUAACAAAAAAAUUUCGACAGCACAAAUCAUCAUAACAUGGCCGAAACCCACAUUCUACGAUGCGAUCGGCGUUACAGUGGUGGAAGAGCCCGCGAUACCUUCAGGAUCGUAUUGGCAAAUUGGCCAAUCAGCGUCAAUGCAAUAUCGAAUUUAUGAUGCAGCUGGCAACUCUGCAAAAUGCUCCUUUAAGGUUUCAGUUAGCAGCUUCCAAUGUCCUACGCUAACUGGUGAUCAAUACUCAGUGAUUCAGGAGAUGACUCCAAACUCAAGAUACAUUGUUCGAUGUACCAACGGACGGGCUUUGUAUGGUCCAUAUUCGCAAUACAGCGAGAUCGCAACGUGCAAAGAUGGAGAUUAUUUUAUUUAUCACAUCACUGGGUCCAAUAAUAUCAAACAUACUCUUCCAAACUGCGUCAAAUACACGAUAUCUGACGCCACUACGCCUUGUCCUCGAGGUUCCAUUAAAUAUCAAGUUGACAACUGGAUCUCAAUCGACCAUUAUUGCUAUAACUGUCCAACUGGACAUUUCGCGAAUUCGUCGUCGCUCCUUUGUCAAGAAUGCCCAGUGGGAUUUUUCCAAGAUGAUGAGGGAAUGAGUGAGUGUGAGCCAUGUCCAGCAUCAUACUCUACGCAAGGCAAAGGAUCCAAACACCCGUCUGACUGCAUCGCGAAAUGUGCUGCUGGAACGUUUUCACCCACUGGCCUUGAAGAUUCUCUUGUCCCAUGUAAACCUUGCCCUAUAAGUACCUUCAGUGAAUUAAAUGGUUCUACUGAAUGUCAGGCUUGUCCUCAAGGUACCACGACUUUAGCAGCCGGAGCCAGUGAUGCAGCUCAGUGUUUAGGUGCACCUAAGAUUGAUUUUGUGAUGCCCACUUUGCAAGUAAGCGAGAAAGCUGGAAAUGCUGUUAACAUUGCUUGCUUGUUCAAGGGAGUCAUUCUCCCUGCUCCGCAAAAUGCUUGGGUCAAAGUUGGUGGUUCACUACCGUCAUCAGCAAUAGAAAAACCUGUUCUCAAUUUUGACCGUGAAAUCAUCGGCAUGAUUCUACUGCUCCCUGUCGCAUCGAAGACUGAUUCUGGCACUUACAAAUGCAACGUACAUAAUCAAAUUGGAAGCGAUUCUAGAACAUUCCAAGUAACAAUCUCUUAAUUCGUUGAUGUAAUAAUGAUUUACUUUAUCCUGGUCUAGUUGAGCUUAUUUAAGGAAAUAAUCUUUCUUGGUAAAAACUUGUUUAGUAUUAUUAAGGGUGUUUGUGGUUUCAGCAAAAUUAUUUUGGUAACAUAACUAUGGCUGUUAAGAUUCAGUUAUUUGUUCAUUGGUUUGUCCAAAACUAUUAUCUAUUAUCUUCUUCUUUGGCAAAUAGUAAUUGUAUUAUUGAAAAAUAA